AUGUGCGAUGGGAGUCCCAAACAGAAGCCUGAUGAAUCCGAUUUUCCUUGGAUGAUGCUGUGGGCUAGCAGAAGAGGUUUUCUCAGUCCAGGGAAGUGUGAGGUUACACAACAAACAGAAACUAAGGGUGUUAAGGAAACCCUGCAAGAAGAAGACGAACAAGAACUUACUGCAGAGGAAAGAAGGAAACUGGAAAGAAAAUUAAAAAAAGAGCGCAAGAAAAAAGAAAAACAGCUGAUGAGGGAAGCUGGAAUCUCUACUAAAAAGGUGGAGCCCAAAAAGCAGUCGGGAUCUGAGCUGGCUCUGGCCUAUUUAACCAGCUGGUCUGAAAACCCAGAAGAAUGGAAGUUUCAAAAGACAAGACAAACCUGGCUUCUCUUACACAUGUACGAUAAAGAGAAGGUUCCAGACAAGUAUUUCACCAUUCUACUGGAUUAUCUGCAAGGGCUUCAAGGCGGUGCACGAGACAUAACUGUGCAGAAAGCUGAAGCUUUUAUGAAGGAAUUUGAUGGUUCCAACGCAGAAGACCCAAACCUGCUGGAGAAGUGCGAGCGCAUACGACAAGUUCUGCAACUGCUGUCCUGA